AUCAUCAACAACAUAUGCGAAACUUUACCUGAGCUGUCACUUUGCCUCGAUCUUUUCACUAGGAGGCAUGCCGUCCGUUGCAGGGAUGCGCACUUUCUUCAUACCUUUCCUCAUAAUUCUCCUGUCAGAAGGAUAUUUUCGAUGGGUCGAGGCCCAGCACUGUGUGUGGUACGGAGAGUGUGGAGAGUCUGAAAAAGUGCCUGGAAAAAAGUAUAACUGCAACUUCACUGGCUCUCCUAUCCCAUUAGAGUCUGAGGGAUAUGAGCUUCUCACGGAGCUUUGCCCUGGUUUCGACUAUGGGAAUCGAAGUCUCUGCUGUAAUGUUGACCAACUGCGCACUCUAAAAGGCAGUCUGCAGCUGCCCCUUCAGUUCCUGUCUCGGUGUCCUGCUUGUUUCUUCAAUCUGAUGAACCUCUUCUGUGAGCUGUCAUGCAGCCCCCAGCAGAGUCAGUUCAUGAAUGCCACAAAGUUCAACGGCACCAAUGUUGUGGAAGUGCAGUACUAUAUUGGAAAAACAUUCACUAACGCGAUGUACAAUGCUUGCAAGGAUGUCCAGGCACCUUCUAGCAAUGUGAAGGCGUUGUCGCUGCUCUGCGGUAAGGAUGCCAAGGACUGCAAUGCAACCAACUGGAUCCAAUACAUGUUCAGUACAGACAAUGGACAAGCUCCCUUUCCUAUCAUCCCAAUAUUCUCUGAUGCGCCGGUAUCUGGUUACACACCCAUGAACAACAAGACGUAUGCCUGCACAGAGGGCCUGGAGGACGGCUCGGGGCCCUGCUCCUGUCAGGACUGCACACAAGCCUGUGGCCCCAAGCCAGUCCCUCCUCCUGUGCCUCCUCCCUGGACCAUCUUGGGCAUGGAUGCCAUGAAUGUCAUCAUGUGGAUAUCCUACAUGGCCUUCCUGCUCAUCUUUAUUGGAACAGUACUGGGCACUUGGUGUUACAGGAAAAGGACUAUCAUGUCAGAGUAUGGGCCCAUUUUGGACAGCAAUAAUCCCCUGUCUCUCAACAGUGAUGAUCCAGACCAAGUAAAUGCAUCAUGCUGUGAAACAAUGGGUGAACGCUUUGAGAAUGCUAUGCGGGUGUCCUUCAGCGACUGGGGAUCCUUCUGUGUGCGUCGUCCGUACGUGGUCAUACUGGGCAGCCUGAUACUGGUGACGGCCUCCUCUGCGGGGCUGGCCUACAUGCGCAUCACCACGGACCCGGUUGAGCUUUGGGCAUCUGCCAACAGCCAGGCUCGACAAGAGAAAGACUAUUUUGACAGCCACUUUGGACCAUUCUUUAGAACCACACAGCUCAUCAUAACCACUCCACUAAAUAAGCCUUUCACUUACUCUCCAUACUUUGGAGGCUCUGACGUCCCCUUCAACUCCAUCCUGGACAAAAGCGUCUUGCAUCAGGUGCUGGACCUGCAGCUUGAAAUUGAAAGCCUCGUUGCCACAUAUCAAGGCCAAGAAGUCACACUGAAGGACAUCUGCUUGGCUCCACUGGCCCCCUACAACAACAACUGCACCAUCUUGAGUGUUCUCAACUACUUCCAGAAUAGCCACGCUCUGCUGGAUCACUGGAUAGGCGAUGAGUUUUAUGUUUACGCCGACUUCCACAGCCACUUCCUCUACUGUGUUAGUGCCCCAGCAUCCCUCAAUGACACUACUCUCCUCCACGAUCCCUGUUUGGGGACUUACGGCGGCCCCGUCUUCCCUUGGCUGGCGCUGGGCGGUUAUGAUGGCACUAACUACAAUAAUGCCACUGCUCUCGUCAUCACCUUUCCGCUCAACAACUACCUGAAUGACUCCGUCAGAACGGGCAAGGCUCUUGCAUGGGAGACAGAAUUCAUCAAGUUCAUGAAGAACUUCAGUAACCCCAACCUGACCGUAGCGUUCAGCGCAGAGAGGAGUAUUGAAGAUGAAAUCAACAGAGAGAGCAACAGUGACAUCAGCACCAUAAUGAUCAGCUACAUCAUCAUGUUCAUCUACAUCUCCUUGGCCCUGGGUCACAUCAAUAGCUUCAGAAGACUCUUGGUGGACUCUAAGAUUUCUCUGGGAAUAGCAGGUAUCCUGAUCGUGCUCAGUUCUGUGUCCUCCUCGCUGGGCAUCUUCAGCUACGCUGGCAUGCCAAUCACACUCAUCGUGAUUGAAGUCAUUCCCUUCCUUGUGCUGGCCGUCGGAGUGGACAACAUCUUUAUCGUGGUGCAGACGUACCAGAGGGAUGAGCGGAUGCCACAAGAAGAACUUCACCAGCAGAUCGGUCGGAUUCUAGGAGAAAUAGCCCCCAGCAUGUUUCUCUCUUCCUUUUCUGAGACUGUGGCCUUCUUCUUGGGUGCCCUGACAAACAUGCCAGCAGUGAGGACUUUCUCUUUGUUUGCUGGCUUGGCGGUUUUUAUUGAUUUCCUGUUGCAGAUAAGUUGCUUUGUCAGCUUGCUGGGCCUGGAUGCACGAAGACAGGAGGGGAAACGGCUAGACAUCUGCUGCUGCUUGAAACUACCAGAAGGUCAGGAAGAGAAGACAGAUGGCCUUCUCUUCCGUUUUUUCAAGAAAGUAUAUGCGCCUUUCAUUCUUAAAGAGUGGGUGCGACCAAUCAUUGUGGCGGUGUUUGUGGGUAUUUUGUCCUUCAGCAUUGCUGUGGUGAAUAAAGUGGAAGUUGGGCUCGAUCAGAAGUUAUCUAUGCCUGAUGACUCAUAUGUUCUGGACUAUUUUAAAAACUUGAGUGAGUAUCUCCACACUGGAGCUCCCGUGUAUUUUGUAGUAGAAGACGGUCUCAACUACACCAGUCCAGAAGGCCAGAACGCCGUGUGUGGCGGCGUGGGCUGUAACAACGACUCUCUGAUCCAGCAAGUCUACGCCGCCUCUCUUAUCAACAAUUACACAACCAUCGCUAACACACCGUCCUCCUGGCUGGACGACUACUUCGACUGGGUGAAGCCUCAGUCAACCUGCUGUCGGUACUACAACACGUCAGGCUCUUUCUGCAAUGCCUCAGUGGUGAACCCGUCCUGCGUGUCCUGUCGGCCGAUGACCCCCAGCGGAAAGCAGCGGCCUAUGGGAGACGAUUUCAUGCACUUUCUCCCCAUGUUUCUGUCUGACAAUCCCAAUGUCAAAUGUGGAAAAGGCGGCCACGCGGCCUACGCCACAGCCGUUGACUUGUAUCCCAACAACACAGGCGUCGGCGCCACAUACUUCAUGACCUACCACACCAUCCUGAAGGAGUCGGCGGACUUCAUAGAUGCCCUGAAGAUGGCUCGAAUCCUAGCUGCCAACAUCAGUCAGUCUAUGGAUCACAACGUCUUUGCCUACAGCGUCUUCUAUGUAUUUUACGAGCAGUACCUCACCAUCGUCUACGACACGGCUCUAAACCUGUGUGUGUCCCUGGGGGCCAUAUUUGUGGUGACAACGGUGCUGCUGGGCUUCGAGCUGGGCUCGGCCGCCAUGGUCAGCAUCACCAUCGCCAUGAUCCUCGUCAACAUGUUUGGUGUCAUGUGGCUGUGGGACAUCAGCCUCAACGCAGUGUCUCUGGUCAACCUGGUCAUGAGCUGCGGCAUCUCGGUGGAGUUCUGCAGCCAUAUAGUCCGAGCCUUUUCCAUCAGUGUGAAGAAGAACAAAGUGGAGCGGGCUGAAGAGGCCCUGGCUCACAUGGGCAGCUCUGUUUUCAGUGGAAUCACGUUAACAAAGUUCGGAGGCAUCUUAAUCCUAGCACUUUCCAAGUCGCAGAUCUUCCAGGUCUUCUACUUCAGGAUGUACUUGGCCAUCGUGCUGCUGGGAGCAACGCAUGGCCUCAUCUUCCUCCCCGUCUUACUAAGCUACAUAGGUCCUUCGGUGAACAAAGCAAAGGUGUUUGCUGCUAACAAGCGCUACGCCGGCACAGAAAGGGAGCGCCUCCUCAACUACUAGCAGACUGUUUCUCACAGUGAACAAUGGACUCACUAUUUGUCUGCGAAGGACUUGUGCGGGUGUGAGAGUGAGCUAUUUCUGCGAUCACUGACCUCAUCAUCAUUGCCACUACUAUGCAUUGUCUAACUCAGGAAUAUAAUCGGGAUUGCGAGUGCCAGAGGCUUCGUCCAACCGCAAACUAACUGGAAUUCCUCAAAGGACUUUGGGCAGAUACCAUUUCUCUUCUUCCUCACACUACAGAUCAAACAUUACUUCAAUAUCUGAAGCACGAGUAACGGACGCCUUUACAGAGCAGACCAGGCGCCGCCCCGCUCCGCCCCCCACCCAGCAUCAGCUAACAGAGAAACUUGCAGCCCCAUCAAAAUGGUAUGAGCUAUUUCACUUGGGAAAAUUGAAAAGGGUAAAGCUGGUCAGCUUUUUAUACAUGUAUAGACCAGAAAAAAUAAUUUGUAAAAGUGUUUUCUUUCUUUUUUUCUUUUUAAAAGGUUUGACUUUUGUAAACUAUUUGAUAUUAUGAAUCAUUUAAUGUAUGAUACAUGGCAUAUAAUGUAGCUAACAAUGGUGGCAUCACAGGCUCUUGCUUGGCUGGAUUUCCUUAACACAGUGUGGGGAAAAAAGCAAGUCUGCAGAAAGCCCACUUCCACCACAGGAGGUGAACAAAAUCAAAACAGUGCAAAAACAUGGUAGAGAAUAUCAACUCUUACAAAGAUGAAAGCUCACAGUCAGUCCACUUAGCUGCAGACGCUGCAGACGCUGCUUUCUGCUUUCUGCAUUGCUUCCCACUUUUUUCCCCCCAGAAUUUCUUGGAUUUCCAUGCUUACAUCAUCCAGCACCAAAUUUAACUUCAUAACAAGCUAAUUGGUCUUAAAAUGCUUUUGAAGUGUUUGCAGGACCUUGAGGAUUGUAGGGCCCUCUCUAGAGGGGCACGUUGAUGCCAAGUGGAAAGGAUGCUGCGGUGCUAAGAACGGUUGGACAUUAAAGUGCAUCUAAGAAUAUUAUAGUUACUGAACAGAACAAUUGUUGCAUUAAACGUUUAACAGAGCUUUACUUGUAACUGUAAAAAGCUCAAACUAGACUUAACUGAAUAUAUUUUAUGAUCAUUGUACUUUAAUGCAUAACACUUUAGAUUUUAUUGCAUAAUGGUGCAGUCCAAAGGUUUUCAUUCCUUUGCCUUUUAAAUUAUUUUUUUAACUGUUAAUGUGUAACAGUAUAUCGCUGUCUUUAAACCAAGGAAUAACGUAGUUUUCAAGUGAAGAGAACUUAACGUGUCCCAUCCAAACAUUUCUGUACAUCCUGGUUGACGUGUCACCUGUAUCUCAACAUGCUGAGGUUGAACCUGAGGGAUAUGAUGAGUGUGGGAACCUUCAUCAAGUCUGUGUGCUCUCAUCUGGUUAUGGUUUUAUACAGUGUGCAUUCUGCUGGAACAGUGACGCAUUCCUCUUGUGGUUUUGUUUUUCUUUUCUCGUGUAACGUUGAGAUGCAGAAGCGUUUUACCUGGACGUGAGAAGAUGCUCGCGGCGCUUGUUACAGUGCUGUGCAUUGAUAUUGACAAAUCAUAUCUGACAAUGAAGGAGUGGGAAGACAGACAUAGAAAAGUAUUGGAUAGUUUAGUUUUUAACAAUUUUAACAUGUAUUAAAUGGUACAAAAAAACAAUCAGACUUCUCUUUUUUUUCCCCC